GGUACAGCUGUUCGUCUCACUGCUCUGCUGUUGUUCUGGGUGCGCCCCGCGCUUCCUGCUUCUUCGUCAAUUCCACUCGUCCAAUUGCGCCAACUAGUCGCACUCGCCACGGAAUUGCCGCGCCAGAGUUGCUGACGGCGGCGGCUGGCGUCACACCAACCACCAACUCUCCUGGAUGGAUCAAAUGGGGAAGGCAUGGACACCAGUAUUAGUCGCUCUCCUCUCACCGAUGGCGACUGGUGCCCUGUGUACUCAAUCUGCUCUCACCAUCGAAACAACCGCUUUUACCUUUUCGGGAUGUUACCAGGAGAGUCCGUACGCUGGGCUGUACGAGACGAAGGUUUGGACGAUCGACGGAAGGGAUGUGGCUGAGUUUGGAACGAAAGCCAUAUUGGCAGAUCUGCAAAAUGGCCCACUUGUCGAUCCGGUUUGGGUUAUUGGUACGGUGACUGCUCUCCCCCAAAAUACUUGGUCUGAUGGCUACAGCUCUGGGCUGGAAGUAGUCAACCUGGUGUGCACAGGGACUUCGGCGUUCUGGGAAACGGAAGACCCCGCGCAGGAGAUACAAUGGGCAUGUGACACUGAUGGCGAUGGAGUCACUUCAGUUCCCGAAAGCGGCGACUUAGCUGUCACCUGUGGGUGCGCCGGUAUGCCUACAACCAUCUCAACGCCAGCACCGACGCCAGCACCGACGCCAGCACCGACGACCCCAGAACCAACAAUUGGUGUCAUAUCCCACACUCCUGCUCCUGUUGCCGCUGACGGCUAUGUACCCACGCCGAAUCCAGCUGUAAUUAUUGCAGUGGAUCCAACGCCAGUUCCUAUCUCAGGAGGCGCAAAUUCGAACCAAAUGACACCGGCGCCUAUUGUUGGUGGAACCGUUGCGCCGACCGCACCGGCAUGUAACCUCACGCUUGCUUCGAAUGAUAUGCAAGACAUGAGCGGCUGCUAUGCCCGCGGGACGAGUUCCAAUGCUAGGGGAAGAUGGGUCAAACUCGACGAGACGGCCAUCAUUGAAUGGCAGGAGGCGCAGGGCUCCAAUAAACAAGGCAACUGGGUCGUACUCGUGGCCGGUUUCGGCCUUCCCGACGAAAUCAAAUGCAUCGGUAGCGAUGAUGUGGAAGACCCCACUGAGAUACCUGUGACCUCUUGGUAUUGUGACUUGGAGGGGGAAGGUAGCUACACUCCAGCAAUCAGUUUCGAUUUCGAGGCGCUAACAUGUACCGGAUCAUGCGAGAUCGCCACGUCGGUUGAAUCCGUCGAUAGCGAAGGUUCAGAUGGCAGCACUGGCAGGACCAUGGCUAUUGUUGUCGGGAGUGUAGUUUCCGGAGUGGGGGUGGCCGCGAUCGUUAUUAUCGGAGCACUGUUGCUCAAGAGAAGAAAAAGAGGCGCGAAAACGAACGGGACAGGGCCAGCCGAAAAUGCAGACCCGGCUGAUCCAAGCGCCCCAGCUCCGAUCCCAGUAUUCGAGCCAUGGGGCACACGCCCUGCGCCAAGAUACUACAAGUGAUACACGCGGCGCCGGGCAAGGAAGGUGACAGCCGGCGAGAUUGUGGUGACGUUCAACCAUGUCCACACAAACGCUGGCGAAAGCUCACUACAUCGAGUGUAACACGGCCUUGAGCCAACACGGCCUUGAGCAACACCACCGGGUUGAAAUCAGGCAGUAUGGAUAUUUUGUUGGGCCUUUCGGCCGGUCGGUUGACAAAGUAUUGUAGCUACCUUUUAUGUACCGUUGGAAUUUUGCAAAAGGGUGCAUACUGUAGGACUUGUGUGGUCUGGGUAGGGUUUUAGAAGCGGCUGUUGACUUCCACAGAAAAAAUCGGGCAUGCCGAACGGAAUUCUCAGAAAAUUUCGGGUGUGUUCACAAGUGCAUACGGUACUCGUACCCGUACCCGUACCCGAACCUCACUUUAUUUUACAAAGUAUAGUAUCCCGGUGCUAACCCUCAUUUUCCGGGUAUUUUACCCUGUUUUCCGGUAUAAUAUCUUACUUUGUUUGUUGGAUCCUUACCUCGGGUCUUGUUUCGCCUGGUUAACCGGAUUCACUGCUAAUCCAUGCAGGGUCUGGAAAUCUGACGCAACUCACAACUGUGAGGUAGUGUUUCGGAAGUGUUACAGUACUCACCAAGUGUUGGCGUAGGGUUUGUACACUUGUGACAGAACUCAUAGAUUUAUCGGGCACAGGUUCAGCAGUAUAUAUAUAUAUAUAUCUGUCUAUCCUGGGCUCGCCCCUUUCUGCAAAAGCCUCAAUGACGAUACCCUUGGGCUCGUCUCUGCGAAAAGCCUGAUAACGUGUCUUCGUGUUGGUUUGCCUUUUGAUUUGUUUUAUGUUCUUGUUCUUGAAUUGCUUUUAGAACCGGUCGGCCUUUAGCUGCUCCUUCAGACCGACGGUCCGAGUGGGAGUGUAUGCUGUUGCAUGUUGAUCGAGCCAAAGAGAGAAUAUUCUGCAAGUAUGCCGCAGGUAGACAUGGUGUAGACGGCAUGUGACGUUCAACGAAGGCAUGAUAGGUGCUUUACAGCCUUACGUAUGGCACGAUUUUUGUGGUUCAUCCACAACCCUCUUUGCGAGCGCAUAAGCUGUGUAGGACAAGCUCAUUGCAGGCCUUCAGAGUCGGUGGGUCGAGUGAAUCCCUUGCCACGAUUGAUUUCCCUCUUGCUCCUGUCUCGUUUUGCCCACGCGCAAGCGAACAGUCGAUGUAAGUUGCCCCCUCAAAGCUAUCGGGUUUGGUUUGUCCAUUGUUGCAUGGACCUGAACGCUUUCAGAUUGUUUUCAUUUUUCUGUAUGUCAGCUGGGGUUGUUCACAUGUUUCCGGUGCCGUUUCAUGUUUGUUCCAAAAUCAAAUCAUUGGAAUAUAUUCCAUUUUGAUGCAUU